AUGAAAGCUGCACCUAUACCUAGAAAAUCUAAAUCAAGAUGGGUUACCAUGAAAUUGGUUAAAAUAGGUAACGUGUUACAUUGUUACCCAUGUAGAAAAAGAUGGUCAUUACAUAAAUUGCAUUGUAAAAAUAGAACACUGACUUUUAAAAGUAUUAAAAAUAAAAGAAAAAAUACGAAUAAAACUGCUAUUACUACAACUAUAAACGAUUUAUAUAGUCCUACGAUAAGUUUAAGAGGAGAAGAUAUGUUAGAUAUUGAAACAAGUUUGAGGCCUGCUUCGAGAAAUAGAAAGCCUUUGUUGAUUACUACGUUCCCUGAUGGUUGUUCUGCUUCACCUAGAAUUCAUAUUUUACAGAAGACAAGGUUUGGAAGAUAUGUGGUAUCUAAAAGAAGAUAUAAACUUAAAUAUUUUAAUUCAGAGAGUUUUACAGAAAGAAUAGUAAAAGUAAAGCCAAAGCCAAAGAAACAAGAAAAUUUAAUUCAUAUUGAGGAUAAUCAAAAUCAUAAUCAAAAUGAAGAAAAUCCAACAGUUUUGACUAUUGAACCAUUGGUACAAGUGCCUAAAAAUGAUCAAAAUCCAAGUUAUACAUGUGCACAAACAAUUCAUCUCAUUAAAAAUGAAAUUUCAAAAAAUUCUGAUUUUAGAGUAAUAUUUCAUGAUAAAAAUGUUAUUAAGACUUUAAAUCUUCCAUCAAAUAUUGAAAAUAUUGAAUUUGGGGGUCCAUCUCAAUCCAUUAGAUUAUCAGAUUUUGGCUCCUUACGAAAUCCUACUUUACCAAUAAUGACUGAUCCUGUUUUGGAAAAUCCUGUAAUAGAUGAUGAUCCUAUUAUAGAUGAGGAUUCCGCUAUAGACGAUACUGUUUUAGAGAAUUCAGCUACUAAUAAACCCCCCCUAAGCAAUGAAGGUUUACUUUUAGUAGAAGAUGGGGAAUAUCCACAAGUUGAAAUACAAAAUAAAGAAUGUGAAAAGGAAGUAAGAGAUGUAAAUGAAGUAAAGGAGACAAAGGAAAUAAAGAAGAAAAUGAUUCCACCUCCAAAAAUUAUCAUUAAUCUCCACGAUUAUUUUAAAAGGAAAGGAAAGAAACCAUUUUUUGAAAUUCGAAAGAGAGAAUUUAUGAGUAAAAAUAUCGUUUCACAUUCACAAAUGGUAGAAAAAUUAAGAUAG